AGGAAAACAACGGGGCUGAGUGGAACUGUGAGAGGAGGAGAAGAGAAGAAAGGAUCAGAUUUGACUCAUCAAAGAGAAAGACCAGACUCCGAGGAACCAGAUCCAGGGACGUCCAAACCAGCAAGACGACACCAGUGCUCCCACUGUGGAAAGAGUUGUAAACAGAAAGCACAACUGAAAGCUCAUGAGAGAAUACACACAGGAGAGAAGCCUUACCACUGCUCCCAAUGUGGAAAGUGUUUUGUCCGUUCGGGGGACCUGAAACGGCAUGAGAGAACACACACAGGAGAGAAGCCUUACCACUGCUCCCAAUGUGGAAAGUGUUUCAACCAGUCGAGGGAGCUGAAACUACACGAGAGAACACACACAGGAGAGAAGCCUUACCACUGCUCCCAAUGUGGAAAGUGUUUCGUCAGUUCGGGGGUGUUGAAACAACAUGAGAGAAUACACACAGGAGAGAAGCCUUACCACUGCUCCCAAUGUGGAAAGUGUUUCAACCAUACGGGGAUGCUGAAAGAACAUGAGAGAAUACACACAGGAGAGAAGCCGUACCACUGCUCCCAAUGUGGAAAGUGUUUCGUCAGUUUGGGGGUGUUGAAACAACAUGAGAGAAUACACACAGGAGAGAAGCCUUACCACUGCUCCCAAUGUGGAAAGUGUUUCGCCCGGUCGGGGAUGCUGAAAGAACACGAGAGAAUACACACAGGAGAGAAGCCGUACCACUGCUCCCAAUGUGGAAAGUUUUUCGCCAGUUCGGGGGUGUUGAAACAACAUGAGAGAACACACACCGGAGAGAAGCCUUACCACUGCUCCCAAUGUGGAAAGUGUUUCGCCCGGUCGGGGAUGCUGAAAGAACACGAGAGAAUACACACAGGAGAGAAGCCUUAUCAAUGCUCCCAAUGUGGAAAGUGUUUCAACCAGUCGGGGGAGCUGAAACUACAUGAGAGAACACACACAGGAGAGAAGCCUUACCACUGCUCCCAAUGUGGAAAGUUUUUCGCCCGGUCGGGGAUGCUGAAAGAACACGGGAGAAUACACACAGGAGAGAAGCCUUACCACUGCUCCCAAUGUGGAAAGUGUUUCAACCAGUCGGGGGAGCUGAAACUACAUGAGAGAACACACACAGGAGAGAAGCCUUACCACUGCUCCCAAUGUGGAAAGUGUUUCACCCGGUCGGGGGAUCUGAAACGACAUGAGAGAAUACACACAGGGCAGAAGCCUUACCACUCCUCCCAAGAACACACUAGACUGCACACAGAGGAGAAGGCUUAGAAAUGCUCAGACUGUGGGAAAACAUAUUACUCAUAAGUCACUUAAACGUCAUUAGAGAAUCCACACAGGAGAGAGAAAUUACUUCUCUUAGCGUGUAUAUUGAUAUUUCACAUCACAUUGACUUAAAAUUCAUCAGAGAACAUACACAGUGCUCCCGUUGUCUUAUAUUGUUGACUGACAAUGUGUUUACCUGUCUUUACCACAUGAAAUUAAAUGGUACAGGGUAUACUCAAACAUAUAUUUGUUUUUAUUAGAAAACAUGAAUUGAAUAUGGAGUCUGUCAGUUUGAAUAUAAAGAAGAUCAGGUUCCAACUGUCCUUUUUUUAAACUCUUUGUGUGUGUUUAUCUGGGUGUGUCAUUCCUCCAGCACUACAG